GCUCGGAGUCCGUUCGGGGCCGGAGGCGGCCGGGGCCGGGCCCGGGAGGCGCGAGGAGCGCGGGUAGCGCCGCCGGAGCCCGCCGCCCGGGACAUGGCCAAGGCGGGCCGUGCAGGUGGCCCUCCCCCGGGCGGCGGUGCCCCCUGGCAUCUUCGAAAUGUCCUCAGUGACUCCGUGGAGAGCUCAGAUGAUGAAUUCUUUGAUGCCAGAGAGGAGAUGGCUGAAGGGAAGAAUGCCAUCCUCAUUGGGAUGAGCCAGUGGAACUCCAAUGACCUCGUGGAGCAGAUCGAGACCAUGGGGAAACUGGACGAGCAUCAAGGAGAAGGGACCGCGCCAUGCACAUCCAGCAUCCUCCAGGAGAAGCAGCGAGAACUGUACCGGGUUUCCUUGAGAAGACAGAGGUUCCCAGCCCAGGGAAGCAUCGAGAUCCAUGAAGACAGCGAGGAAGGCUGCCCGCAGCGCUCCUGCAAGACGCAUGUCCUCCUGCUGGUCCUGCACGGGGGAAACAUCCUGGACACGGGUGCUGGGGACCCGUCCUGCAAGGCAGCCGACAUCCACACCUUCAGCUCCGUGCUGGAGAAGGUCACACGAGCCCAUUUCCCUGCUGCCCUGGGCCACAUCCUCAUCAAGUUCGUCCCCUGUCCUGCCAUCUGCUCUGAGGCUUUCUCGCUCGUCUCUCACCUGAACCCCUACAGCCACGAUGAGGGCUGCCUCAGCAGCAGCCAGGACCACGUCCCUCUGGCCGCCCUUCCCCUGUUGGCCAUCUCCUCCCCGCAGUACCAGGAUGCUGUCGCCACCGUCAUCGAGCGAGCCAACCAGGUCUACAGAGAGUUCCUGAAGUCCUCUGAUGGGAUUGGCUUCAGUGGGCAGGUGUGUCUCAUCGGGGACUGUGUAGGGGGCCUCCUGGCCUUCGAUGCCAUCUGCUACAGUGCGGGGCCCUCGGGGGACAGCCCUGCCAGCAGCAGCCGGAAGGGGAGCAUCAGCAGCACCCAGGACACCCCAGUUGCGGUGGAGGAAGAUUGCAGCCUGGCCAGCAGCAAGCGUCUCAGCAAAAGCAACAUUGACAUCUCCAGUGGGUUGGAGGAUGAGGAGCCCAAGAGGCCGUUGCCGAGGAAACAGAGCGACUCCUCCACCUAUGACUGCGAGGCCAUCACUCAGCACCAUGCCUUCCUCUCAAGCAUCCACUCCAGCGUGCUAAAGGAUGAGUCUGAGACCCCGGCGGCCGGGGGGCCGCAGCUCCCUGAGGUCAGCCUGGGCCGCUUUGACUUCGACGUGUCCGACUUCUUCCUCUUCGGCUCGCCACUGGGCCUGGUCCUGGCCAUGCGGAGGACGGUGCUGCCUGGGCUGGACGGCUUCCAGGUGCGUCCUGCCUGCAGCCAGGUCUACAGCUUCUUCCAUUGCGCAGACCCCUCUGCCUCACGGCUUGAGCCACUGCUGGAGCCCAAGUUCCACCUGGUGCCGCCUGUCAGCGUGCCUCGCUACCAGAGGUUCCCACUGGGCGAUGGGCAGUCCCUCCUCCUCGCUGAUGCCCUACACACCCACAGCCCCCUCUUCCUGGAGGGCAGCUCCCGGGACAGCCCGCCACUUCUGGACGCCCCUGCCUCGCCCCCUCAGGCCUCGAGGUUCCAGCGCCCAGGACGGAGGAUGAGCGAGGGGAGCUCCCACAGCGAGAGCUCGGAGUCCUCGGACAGCAUGGCACCCGCGGGUGCCUCCCGCAUCACAGCCAAGUGGUGGGGAAGCAAGAGGAUCGACUAUGCCCUGUACUGCCCUGAUGUCCUCACGGCCUUCCCCACCGUGGCCCUGCCCCACCUCUUCCACGCCAGCUACUGGGAGUCCACGGAUGUGGUGGCCUUCAUCCUGAGACAGGUGAUGCGCUAUGAGAGCGUGAACAUCAAGGAGAGCGCCCGCCUGGACCCCGCGGCACUGAGUCCCACCAACCCCCGAGAGAAGUGGCUUCGUAAGCGGACUCAGGUCAAGCUGAGGAAUGUCACGGCUAAUCACCGGGCUAACGAUGUGAUUGCUGCUGAAGAUGGCCCCCAGGUCCUGGUGGGGCGGUUCAUGUACGGGCCCCUCGACAUGGUGGCUCUGACUGGAGAGAAGGUGGACAUCCUAGUAAUGGCAGAGCCGUCCUCAGGCCGCUGGGUACACCUGGACACAGAGAUCACCAACAGCAGUGGUCGCAUCACAUACAAUGUGCCGCGGCCCCGGCGCCUGGGGGUCGGCGUCUAUCCUGUGAAGAUGGUCGUCAGGGGCGACCAGACCUGUGCCAUGAGCUACCUCACGGUGUUGCCCCGGGGCAUGGAGUGCGUCGUGUUCAGCAUUGACGGGUCCUUUGCGGCCAGCGUGUCUAUCAUGGGAAGCGACCCCAAGGUCCGGCCGGGUGCAGUGGACGUUGUCCGGCACUGGCAGGACCUGGGCUACAUGAUCCUUUACAUCACGGGACGGCCGGACAUGCAGAAGCAGCGGGUGGUGUCGUGGCUGUCGCAGCACAACUUCCCACAGGGCAUGAUCUUCUUCUCCGACGGGCUGGUGCAUGACCCGCUGCGGCAGAAGGCCAUCUUCCUGCGCAACCUCAUGCAGGAGUGCUUCAUCAAAAUCAGUGCGGCCUAUGGCUCCACGAAGGACAUCUCUGUCUACAGCGUGCUGGGCCUGCCUGCCUCCCAGAUCUUCAUUGUGGGCCGGCCCACCAAGAAGUACCAAACCCAGUGCCAGUUCCUGAACGAGGGCUACGCCGCACACCUGGCCGCGCUGGAGGCCAGCCACCGCUCACGCCCAAAGAAGAACAACUCGCGCAUGAUCCUGCGCAAGGGCAGCUUCGGGCUGCACGCGCAGCCAGAGUUCCUGCGGAAGCGCAACCACCUGCGCAGAACCAUGUCCGUGCAGCAGCCCGACCCGCCCGCCGCCAACCCCAAGCCCGAGCGGGCCCAGAGCCAGCCCGAGUCGGACAAGGACCACGAGCGGCCGCUGCCCGCGCUCAGCUGGGCGCGUGGGCCCCCCAAGUUCGAGUCGGUGCCCUGAGGGGUGGGUUGUGCUCAGAGCAGGGAGCGGGGGGCCCAAUCAGGCUGCCUGCGGGGACGGGAGGGGGCUGCCCUCUCCCCGACACAGGCGUUUUCCUGCUUUUUCCCUCCCGUGUCUGUCCAGCAGUGUCCGACCAGAGCGGGGAGGGAUCCUGCCAGAGCCCGGGGGGGCUCCCUGAGCUGCGACGGGGUGAGAUCGGGGGAUCUCGGUGCAGCCACUGCUGCCUCCCACGUGCCUGCGACCGCAAGCCCAAGUCAGGGUUCAUGUUUGUGUCAUCCUGGGGGCAGGCUUGCCCGGAGCUGAAGCGUUUGGGCAAAGUCGACCACCGUCCUGCCUCCCCAGGCUUCACAGCGAGCUAGGUGGGCCCUCAAGGGGGCAGCCCCAGCCUCGGGACCAAGCGCCGCUGGCAGGCACAGCCUCUGGGCUGUCUUGUGGAGGUGUGAGUGACAUUUGUGCCCGCCCUCCCUGUGGUCCUGGGUCACCAUUUUGGGGUUGGCGCUCUUAUGGCAAGAUGGCCACUUUCUGGGAGUGAGAGCACAUCCCCGGGCUCAUGUUACUCCGUCUCUGUCCACAGCCCUCGGGGGGGUGGGGUCUGGUGCUGACGGUCUGUCCUGCAGCUGUCCAUUGUCCCCAACCCCCGUUGUCUUCAGUGUCCUCACCAUUUCUCUGUGGCCCUGGAGGCCAGGGGUUCCUCUUCCCGGAGCCCUGCCUCAUGCCCUCCCUUGGGAGGCUGCAGCCUUGGGCUCUGGCUCAGCUGGGCUGGCUGUGAGCCCCUGAGCUGGUUGCUUGCCCUCUCUGGGCCCCGUCUUCCUUCUGUUAUUGGAGGGGUCCCCCUAGCUGAGGUUGGUGUGAGUCUUUGACUCCCAAGAUGUCCUGCAGUUUGGCCCAUUGAGGCUCUUCAGGCCUAAGGGUCCCUCCGAGUGUCCUGUGACCCACACCUUUCACACAGCCUGGGAGAGGGGGUCUGGGUGGGCUGGAAAGGAGGGGCUCUUAAAGGAGCCUCUCUGGGUGGGCUGGGAAGGGAUCCCUACUCCACGGAGAGGCGCAGCUGGUUUGCCUUGCACUGAUGCUCAAACUGGGUGUCCCAGGGACAACCCACCUCCAGCUCCUGCCAAAAGGUUACUGGUCAGGCUCCCCAUAACCCCAGCUCUGCCAGGACCCUUUUGUCCUUUUUGGCUCCCGGAGGCAUAGAGCUGAGAUUCCAGGGUUCUAGGGGUUCCUGGAAGUUUGGCUCCAACUGUUGUAUUCUCUUCCCUUUCCCCUGCCGCUCAGUUUGUGCCCAUGGCCUCCUCCUGGGUAGUCCCCUGAGGUUGGCAGUUCUUGGCCCUUCUGGGGCCCCUAAAGUCUGCCCAGGCCCUCCUGCUGCUGAACCUUGGCCUGGGCACUGGUUUCCUGCAUCCUGGAAAACCCCGACUCCCUGGCCCAGGCCCACACCUGCUCUGUGGGGCUGCCCACGUGGCCACUGAGCCCCCAUGGGCUGCCAUCAAGGCCGGUCCCAGCAAUUUCAGCCAGGCUGCCCCAGGGCCCAGACGUCUGUAUACACAGCAGGCACCUGUGUCAGCUCAGUGUCGCUUGUGCUCAAUGUCUACCUCUCGCGGCUCCCAGGCAGCCAAUGACGCUGCUGGUGGGGGUGGCUGGCACCACCAUUGUGAAUUGCCUGGCAAAUUGGGUGCCCUCCUGGGGCUGGAGGGGUCUGGGCUCCUAACCCCCAUCCCUGCUCUCUCCACUAGAAAUGUGUCUUCAGUCUGCCAGCUCUUCUGCUCUACUUCCAGUGCUGCAUCCUGCACUCAAGCCCAGGGCUGCUGGCGAGUCUAUGGGGAGGAGUGCGGAUCAGGCUCAGCCUCAGCUCGGCCUCCUCUAUGGUCCUGUCUCCUGGCGGUUCACAGGUGCCCAUCCCCCCUUUAACAUUUCACAGUUCUUGGCUUUCCAAAGGCACCAGCUCAUAUGGCAUAGCCACCCCAACCCUAAUCCUUCCCCCAAAUAUCCUGAUUUAAACUUGGGCAGACUUAGUCUGAUUCUUGAAAACUCUACCAUCUCCUUUUUGCAGAAGGCACUGGUUACGCUAAAAUGAUAAAAUAAUUAGUAUGAGGCACUUUGCUGCCAAUUAGAUUCCCUCUUCCCUGAGAACCCCAGGCUAGGCGAGACAGGGAGAGGGAGAGAGAAAGAGAGAGAGGGAGAGAGAAAGAGAGAGAGGGAGAGAGAAAGAGAGAGAGAGAGAAAGAAAGGAAGACAGAGAGAGAGAGGAAGGCAGAGAGAGAGAGAGAAAGGAAGACAGAGAGAGAGGAAGACAGAGAGAGAUAGAGCUCAUGAGCCAGGAUCCCUGGGGAAUUUGAAAUCAGUGUGACCAGGGUUCUGUGGCUCUGGGGUCAGAGCUGGGACACAGAACCCAGCAGGAGGGCCACCACCCCUUCCUUUUGGAAGCAGCUCUGGUUCCAAGCAGCAAUCAGGUAGGAGGAUUGGGGCUUUGGCUGACAAUGCACACACAAGAUGCUGAUGGUGUACAGUGAGAUAUUGUGAACGCAACAACUGGAGCUGUAGUUGGUGUGUGUGAAUGUGUGUAUAUGCGGUUCUGUUUAGUGGCGAGAAAAUGUAUGUUUCAGUACUGCUUUCACGGCAACUGUGUGAUGCGUAUGCACUUUCUAUACUAAUGGUUUGUUCAGUUUUGUCCGUCCAGUUAAGUUGGAGAAAGAACCAAGUUGUGUUGUUCUCUGGAGGGGGUGCCGCUCCCUCUCCUUGAGUAGUUCUGUGACCCCCAAUCCAGCUGUUUUCUAGAGAAUCCUUCUAGCUUCUGGUAUGCCUGCUCUCCAGCAGCUGGAAACAGAUCUUCCUGCCUGACCAAAGCUCCUUGUUUCUUGCGUGGCAUGUUUGUUCUUCCCGAUCCGGCGGCUGUCGUAGCCGAGGGCCUGCCUGCCACCUUCCUUUAUCAUUUGCCCUGUUGGGGUUCAGGGUCCAUCCUUAGCCCAGGACCUGCUCUUCCAGCAUCAUGGGUUUUUUCCUAAAGAUCUCAAUGGCUCCCUUGGGCUCCAUAAAAUAUUUCUUUUUUAAAAAAGCAGACUCCUUUCAUGCACUGGGAUGAACGGCCCUCUUGUCUGGGUGCUGGGCUACAGCAAACAAAUGUGUUUGAAUCCCAGUAUUCCAGAGAUUUCUGGCGGUGGGCUUUCUAGAAGAGGCGAGGCUGGAUCUCACGGUUUUUAAACUGUAUUUUUACCCCUUUGGGACCCAUACCUGUGUCCUGGAGUCUUUCAUGAGGCACGUGGGUCCUCUGCAUCCUCACUCUCCCCGCAGCCCAGGUGCAGCCCCAGAAGGGGUGCCCUGACCCCGCCUUAAACAACCAACUUUCCCACCGAAUCCCAUCUGGCUGGGGGGUUUGGGUGCCAAGUGCCCUGGAAACCUAUUGUCUUUUGGCUCAGCCAAAAGAAACAUUCCCUCCUUCCUUUCCUUCCGGGCUUGGGGGAACUUUCUUAAAAAUCAUAGUUGGGGUUAAGUCCAAGCACUGAGGCCUGACCUGGGCUCUGCUCUCCUUGUUGAGACACUAACAGGCAGUUGGGAGGAAAAUCUGCAUUUGACUCCACCCUUUUUGAGGCAAAGGAGAAGCAGGUGACCCAAGGAGGGGCAGCCCAGAGGAGGGCAACUCGUGCACAGGGACCCCCACCCUUGGACCCCGCUGUCCUUUUCUGGUUGUUUACUUGGUGGUGGCAGCCAGUCUGACCUUGUCUGUGGUCUGACUGUUCCUAAGUGUGUAACUUUCAGUAUUAUCUGUGACAGAUGGUUCUGUGGUGAAAAAGGUUUAUUAUGUUCCUUAUGGCUGCCUUGUACAAAAUCCGUUAGAAACGCUAAUGUAAGAUAUCAGAUUUCUAACAAGACAAAAACAGCAUUAUGGAGUUAAAAGAUUUUUACAACUGGGUCUUGAUUUUGAUGUGAGCUGGUUUUUAGCUCUCAAAUGUUGUCACUUAAAUAAAAACCUUAUUUGCCUUUACAA